CAAGCCAACAGUAUAGCCGUAGCUUUGAUCGGUCGGGGAGUGACCAAAGGGGACAGAAUCGCGUUUUACGGCCAAAACUCAAUACAACACACGGUAUUGCGAUUUGUGGCCACAUUUCUGGGCCUAACAUUCAUACCAUUGAGUCCAACGUUUGAGAAAUAUGAGGUUCACGAAGAAUGUGUGGCCACAGGUGUCACUGUUAUUAUGUCUUCAGCCGAAAACUUCCAUAAGUUUGAGUGGUUUUUAGAUGAGUCCCGCAAUACAAGCGCCGCAAACGUCAAAUUUGUGGUCAUUUUUGACGGCACUCACGACAAACACGUCACGUUUGAGCAGCUGUUGACUGAGGGCGGGAGUCAAACACUGGACCGAUACCCACACUUCGCGGUCGAUCCAAACCGGGAUAUGCUAUUUCUCAUACACACGUCGGGCAGCACCGGCCCACCCAAGUGCGCAAUGAUACCGCACCGCACGUUAAUCGCCGGUAUGGAAGAGAUGCCAUUACUAUUUAAUCAUCCGGGCGUUGAGUACCCGACAAUGAUUUGCGCUCAUCUGUACCCUUGCGGUCACAUCAGUGGCACGUCUAUGAUAAUGGCACUCAUCACGUGUGGCGUCCCUAUCAUACUGUUUGGCUCAUUCACCGAAGAGUUGCUCCUCAAGUCAGUGGAGAAAUACCGGAUUGAAGUGUUGCCCACUUUUCCGAGUUUUGGCCGCACUUUUACCGAGGGUGGAUUGGCUGAUAAGUACGAUCUGUCCAGUUUAAAGGCUAUGAGCACCGGUGGAGCGGCUUUUCCCGCCCCAAUCGCUCGAUGUAUUAUUGAUAAUUAUGGCAUAAAACUCAGGGAACUCUAUGCCAUGACUGAGUUCGUGUGGGUCACCACCGGUUCCAACACAUACGAAGAUUAUAUUCCCGGUAAUACCGGAAAUGUGGCGCCGGGUUGUGAAGUGAAGGUAAUUGACUUAAACACCGGUGAAAGUUUGGGUCCCAAUCAAGAUGGUGAAAUAUGUGUUCGGGGUAAUAAACUGUUUGCCGGUUAUCUCAACAAUGAAAAAGCCACUAAAGAGGCCAUAGAUAAGGACGGGUGGUAUCGGACGGGAGAUAUCGGGCGAUACGACGAAAGGGAGCGUAUAUUUAUCACCGAUAGACUCAAAGAAGUGGUUCGCAUAGGAAUUGGCAACCAUUAUAUAAACAUAUCUCCCGUUGAGAUCGAGCAGUACUUACUGACCCACCCGUCCAUCGCUGAAGUGAUUGUUGUGGGCGUUAAUAACAAAUCGGGCACUCAUUGGCCCCGGGCCUAUGUAGUUCUUAAACCCAAUGUUUCUGGUAUUACAAGUACCCAAAUCGAAAAAUAUGUUUCAGACACAUUGGCCUACACUAAGCAACUUAAGGCGGGUGUAGUGUUUGUGGAUCGGGUCAACCGCACAGCCAUUGGGAAAGUUGACCGAAAAUACUAUCGAAAUCUUGUUAAGAAUGAAGUUCUUGAUUAUUAA